CUAAAAGUCAAAGUGCAGUUAGUAGAAUUAAAUGAAUAAUCAUGUCUUGAAAUAUUGAAAUCCAACCUUCAAGACAAAGAGACUCUGUGCUUUGUUUAUCUUUCCUCCUACUAUGAACAGGUUAUAGCUGACAGGGUGAGUUGCAAUAUGCAAGGGGCCUUCCAGACCUUCUCUUGAAAUGGCUGAAUGCAUGAAUUCACCUCAUUGAAUGACUAGAUCUUUCAUGGACUCACUUCUGGCGUUCUGGCCUGGUCUACAGGUUCUGUGGGGUGAUGUAGACACAGCUAUACAUAUUCAUGACAUGCUUUAUCAUGUGAUGGAGAGACACAACUUCCUACCCGAGGCAUUCACUCAUGACUUCAGGGUCCACUGGGGAAACCAUCCUCUCAGGCCUGAGUUCAUUGAGAGCACUUACUUCCUCUACAAGGCGACUGGAGAUCCAUACUACCUGGACGUGGGUCGAUCAGUGGUGAACAACUUGAACAAGUACGCCAGAGUGAGGUGUGGCUUCGCUGCCAUCAAGGACCUCAGGACCAACGCUCACGAGGACAGAAUGGACUCCUUCGUACUGGGGCUGAGACGUUCAAGUAUCUGUUCUUGUUGUUUGCUGACGAGGGGGACAGUCCCUUGAACAUGGAUGACUUUGUGUUCACGACUGAGGCCCACCUUUUUCCCCUCUCCCUCGCCAGUGCUAACACCACCCUCAAUAGAGUCGUCCAAGAGGCAUUGCUGGUGAAGAACACAGACCUGGUGAAUAUGAGCACUGUCACUGUCACCACUAGCGGACCAGACUCUUCCGGGAAGGCAGCAAAGAACAAACCAGUCGCUGACAGCUUCACUAAAGGCGUCUCCUGUUCACUGACGAGAGUGUCCUCCCUCACGAGGUGGGUAAAGGAGAGGCUGCUGUCAAAUGGUAUAAGAGACAAAGCAAGGGCAAACUCCACCCACUCAAUCAGAGGUGGAUUAUAACGAGCAGGGGCCCACUCAUGAUGUGUGUAGUUCAUGGUUCAUCGAGCCAGUACAGUGGAUGGAAAGCUCUCUACUGGGCAAAGUGGAGGGGAAGAUUCUGUGUCUUUAGUGCUCGGCUCGUCUGGGGUCAUUCAACUGGUCAGGUGAUCAGUGCUCGUGUGGGCAGUGGGUCACGCCCUCCUUCCAGAUACACAAGGCACGAAUGGACGAAACCAGAACACUCACUAGGAGAAAAGUGGACAAAACUGUAUAGCUGGCAAAUUACUGAAUUAUUGUCCAAAUUCAUAUUAAUUUUUUCGAUCAUUUGAAGGUUUAUUCAAUAAA